AUGUCACCUAUUCCAAAUGGAGAUUCUCACGUGAACGUGAUUGAACCACAAACAAAAGGUGAAAAAUCAAAGAAACAACAUACUCAAGUUGUAAUCAUUGGUUCAGGUCCAGCUGGUCAUACUGCCGCUAUCUAUCUAGCCAGAGCGAACCUCGAACCUAUCUUAUACGAGGGUAUGCUUGCUAAUGGUUUCGCUCCUGGUGGUCAACUCACAACUACCACUGAGGUUGAAAACUUCCCCGGUUUCCCAGAUGGUGUAACUGGUACUGAGAUGAUGGACAAGUUCCGAGCUCAAAGUGAGCGAUUCGGUACCAAGAUCAUCACGGAGACUAUUGCUCGAGUCGAUCUUACUCAAAGACCGUUCAAAUACUGGACUGAAGGAGAGGAGGAGGAACACGAGUUUAUGACUGCCGAUACCAUCAUCAUCGCUACCGGUGCUUCUGCCAAGAGACUUUUCCUUCCAGGAGAAGAAACCUACUGGCAAUCUGGUAUCUCGGCUUGUGCCGUUUGCGAUGGUGCUGUACCCAUCUUCAGAAACAAGCCUUUGGCCGUCAUUGGUGGUGGUGAUUCCGCAGCAGAGGAAGCUACCUACCUCACCAAGUACGGUUCUCACGUUUACGUCUUGGUUCGAAGAGAGGAACUUCGAGCUUCUAAGAUCAUGGCUAAGAGAUUGACUUCUCAUCCUAAAGUCACUGUCCUCUGGAACACCGUCGCAACUGAAUGUAAAGGGGAUGGCGAUCUUUUACAGUCAUUAGCACUCAAGAAUGUCAAAACAGGAGAAGAGAGUGAAUUGAAAGUGAAUGGUCUUUUCUAUGCUAUUGGCCACGAACCUGCAACAGCAUUAGUCAAAUCACAAUUAGAGACUGAUGUAGAUGGAUACAUCAAGACUGUACCUGGAACAGCUCAAACCUCAAUCAAGGGAGUAUUCGCAGCUGGAGAUGUUCAAGAUAAGAAAUACAGACAAGCUAUCACUUCAGCAGGGUCAGGUUGUAUGGCUGCUUUAGAAGCCGAGAGAUUGAUCUCAGAAGAAGAAGCAGAUGACGAUUCUAUCAGACCUGAAGACGUACACGUCCCUGCUGAAGGUUAUUUAGGUACUGAUAAAGAGUAA